UGCCGGGAGCAAUGCCGGCGGUAACGAUGGGAAAAGAAAAUCCAGACUCUGCAACUUGCUUCCUUUGCGCGAAACGAGUGAUACCAAUGAUAAGGCUUUCCGAAGCAUGUGCACUCUCCGUUUGUCUCUCUCCCGUUCUGCCUCUGCGUCUUCUUGACGUCUCUUUCGGCUUUUCAAUAAUUUAACAUCAAAAAAAAUAUCGAAUAUUUUUCCGAAACCUAAAAUUAUGGUGAAGCCAGCUGGGUCACGUGAUAUUCUCAUUAUCUGGAGCAAAAUAAACUAGUUGUAGCGGAUUUGAAGGUUGAUGUUGAUAUUAUUACCGGCCGCAGAGACAGCGAUAACAGAAGAGAGUGCUACUGCCGGCUCUGUGUUUAAUUUAACCCCUUCCUUGUCCCUACGUGAGCAUGUGCGGCCCUAUUGACCGGCGGUGAUGGUGCUGUUUCGGUUCCAUAACACACGAUGUUUCGCAUCCUCGAAUCCCAAGCUCCCGCGCGGCAGACAGCGACUGACACAAUAAAUACGCUGAGCAGUCGGCUGCAGAGCUCGACGCUGCUGGAAGAUCGCCGGGCAGCUAUACUUGGGCUCCGGAGCUUCGCCAAGGGAUAUCCUGCGUCUGUUGCAUCGGAGGCCCUGAGGCCACUGAUCACUUCUCUCCGCAACGAUGUUGAGGACGUUGAUACUAUCAAGCUGGUCCUGGAGACUCUGCUGAUGCUUUUUUCUCCGGAGGAGAAUAGUCCAGAAGCAUCAGAUGAGUUAGCACUAUGGCUAGCGGACGAAUUUACUCAGGCAAGCAAUGGACAGAGACAAGAUAAUAUCACAAUCCUACUUGACCUUCUAGACACCAAGGAAUUUUACUCCAGGCUCUACUCCCUCCAGUUAAUAUCUCAGAUUUCAGCAGCUCGCCCGGAGAGAACGCAGGAAUGUAUCUUGACGGCACCAUUGGGUAUAUCUAGGAUUGCUGCGGUAUUGGGUGACUCAAGAGAGCCAGCUCGUAAUGAGGCACUUCUUCUUCUCAUUGCACUCACAGUUUCUUCUGCUGAGUUGCAGAAAGUUGUGGCCUUUGAAAAUGCUUUUGAACGGAUAUUCUCCUUAAUAGAAGCUGAGGGAUCUUUGAAGCAUGGAUCUAGGACACUAGAGGAUUGUCUGGCUCUGCUGGCCAACCUAUUACAGUUAAACCCCUCUAACCAAUCUUUUUUCCGGGAGACUGGUUGCGUGAGGAAGCUAGUUCUGCUUUUGGAAGAUGCAAUGAAGGAUCGUAAGCCUGAUGAAGAAUUCCCGGUCUGGAUGCUGGAGCAACGCAAUAAAAAUAUCUGGGGAAUCCUUGCUAUUAUCCAGCUAUUUCUUGUCAAGCGCGGUAUCAGCACUCCAGUAAACCAGAUGGCCUUCUGGCAGAGUGGAACUAUGCAACAACUGCUGAGAGCUGCAUUUAAUGAAGAAUUUGAUGUUUCUCUCAAAUCAAAGGCUCUCCUUGCAGCUUCAGACUUGAUCUGCUCCAAUGCAACACUCCAGGAAAAGUUUUCAGAUAUGGAGGUUACCAUAACAGCUACACCGGUGGAUCAGAAGCUGGUUAAUGGAAAUGCACCAGCCCGGACUGUGGAAAGGCUCAACGUUCUGGAGGCGUUGUUGCGCCUGACCUUACAACAAGGUCCGGUAAACAUGCUGGAUGCUCGCCUCGCAUCUUGUGACUGCAUCCAGGCUUUCUUUACGAAUCAUUCAGGAAUCAAGCUUCACUUUUUGAACAGAGCAAUAAGCGGCCACACAGGUGGUGGCGAUGAGAUUCCAAACAUAUUGUCUAUCCUUAUCCGCCCCUUGGAUUUUGAUACCACAAAAGAUCCUUACCAGCUAUGGCUAGCCUCUGUCCUGCUAUUUCAUCUAAUAUAUGAAGACCCCGAAGCUAAGGCUGCCGCAAUGAAAGUUACUGAGGGCGAUGCUGAAAGUGGGGAAGAGGUGGUAACGUGUGUGCAGGCAAUUGCUGGUAAUUUGAUCACCGGUAUCCAGCGCCAUGACGACGAGAGAAUAUCUGUUGGAUACUUGACCUUACUCUGUGGCUGGCUAUUUGAAGACCCAGACAUCGUUAACGACUUCUUGGGCGAGGGAAGCAGUAUCCAGAGCCUGAUCCAAGAAGCCAAACAGGAGGGCUCCCCAGAGUCACUUCUUCCCGGGCUAUGUGCUGUUCUUCUUGGGAUUAUAUACGAAUUUUCAACAAAGGACUCCCCUAUUCCCCGUUCAACCCUUCACCAACUGCUGAUAAGUAGGCUUGGAAGAGAGCAGUACAUUGACAAAAUCACAAAACUUCGCGAGCACCCACUGGUUCGGGACUUUGAGGUUCUACCACAAACGGUCCAGGGGCAACAUGACUCUGGGCUUCCUGACAUCUUCUUUAAGAAAACCUUUGUUGAUUUUCUAAAGGACAAUUUUAGCCGACUCAUUCGGGCUAUUGACCGCGAUCCUGGAAUGGAGGUACCUGUACUGGCAAAUGGAAUUCCUAAGGGGAUCUCACGCGAGCUAGUGGACAACUUGAGAGCUCAGGCUGAAGAGCGAGCACAGGCUAUUCAGAACUUGGAGUCAGAGAUGUUGGAUCUGCAGCGUAAGCUAGACCAGGAGCAUUUGGACCACAAACGGACCAAAGAUUCUAGUAACCAUGAGUUACAUAGGCUCAAUCAAGCCAAUGAGUCAAUGAAAAAGACACACCAGGCCGAAUUGUCUAGACUAGAGGAGCAACAUACGUUGGCCAAGAGUGAACUUGUUAGGAACCAUGGUGAGCAACUGCAUGCUCUCGAUAACCAACUAAAGCAAACUACUAGUGAACAUGAAAGGCGAACUACUGAGCUUAGAGACAUGCAUGAAAGCGAGGUUACGGAAUUGAAGCAAAUGGUGCAGAAACUAGAGGCGAGCCUUGAGAAGGCUAACAAGGACCACAUCCUGGACCUCCAGACUGCCCAUGAAGAAUACUCAACAAAUCUAUCAAAUCUAGAAGCAAAGAACCGGCGAGCAGAGGAAAAGGCGCGGCAGGCGGAGGAGCAUAACAAGACGCUGGAAAAGAGCCUAAAGGAAGCUCGAGAACGGGCCGAGAAGCUGCAAAAGGCUAGUGAGGAGAGCGAAGCCGCUCGCAAAUCAGCACAGAACGAACUGGAAGAUCUGCUGAUAGUGUUCAGCGACCUUGAAGCAAAGAGGAAAGCAGACAAGAAACGGUUGGAGGCCCUGGGCGAAGAAGUAUCUGACAUUGACGAAGAUGAGGAUGAGGACGAGGAUGAUGAGGACGAAGACGAAGGGAACGCGGAAUGA